AGGAAGGGGCUCGGGCAUCGGGCUGGUAAAUAAACUCCGCGAUGAUUUCCCUGCCUUGCGCCGGCCCAGGUGCCCGCCGCGCUCCUGCCUCCCCGCUGCCGCCGGCGAGGAUGACCUGACGGGGAUGUGAUCGCAGCCCCCAUCCCACCUUUUCUUUUCGCCCCCUCCCUCUCUCUCUAUAUAUAUACAUACGUGUGUGUAUAUAUAUAAAUACAUAAAGAAAUCGGUUUUGGGGGGGAGGGGCGGGGAGCUCGGAUCAUGGCCCUGGGGCUCCCGGGGCUUGCGCCGCCGAUCUGCAGCUCUCCUCCGGGGCCCGGCGGUGACCAUGGGGCUGAAGGCACGGCGCGGCGCGGCGGGCGGUAGCGCUGCCGGCGGGGCGGCGGCGGCGGCGGGGCGGCGGGCGGCGGCGGCGGCGGCGGGCGGCGGUGGCGACCCCGAGCAGGGCUCGCUGGCCCUGGGCACCGGUGCGGACCGCGACGGGACGCUGCUGCUGGAGGGCGGCGGGAAGGAGGAGGGCGGCAAGCGGAGCCCGCCGGGGCUGGGGCUGCUGGCGAAGACCCCCUUGAGCCGCCCGGUGAAGCGGAACCACGCCAAGUACCGCCGCAUCCAAACUUUGAUCUACGACGCCCUGGAACGGCCCCGAGGCUGGGCGCUGCUCUAUCACGCCUUCGUGUUUCUGAUUGUCUUGGGGUGUUUGAUCUUAGCUGUCCUGACAACUUUCAAGGAGUAUGAAACUGUUUCGGGAGACUGGCUCCUCUUGCUGGAAACUUUUGCCAUUUUCAUCUUUGGAGCAGAGUUUGCCUUAAGAAUCUGGGCUGCUGGGUGUUGCUGUCGCUACAAAGGAUGGAGGGGGAGACUGAAAUUUGCCAGGAAGCCUUUGUGUAUGCUGGAUAUCUUUGUGCUGAUUGCUUCGGUGCCAGUGGUUGCGGUUGGGAACCAGGGCAAUGUUCUGGCCACAUCUCUCAGAAGCCUCCGCUUCCUUCAGAUCCUACGGAUGCUCCGAAUGGAUAGGCGGGGAGGCACAUGGAAACUUUUAGGAUCAGCCAUUUGUGCACAUAGCAAAGAGCUCAUCACUGCUUGGUACAUCGGGUUCCUGACGCUCAUCCUAUCCUCAUUUCUUGUUUAUCUGGUUGAAAAAGAUGUUCCUGAAAAGGAUGCUAAUGGGGUGGAGAUGAAGGAAGAGUUUGAAACUUAUGCAGAUGCACUGUGGUGGGGGCUGAUCACCCUCGCUACGAUUGGGUAUGGCGACAAGACCCCCAAAACGUGGGAGGGACGGCUGAUUGCAGCUACUUUCUCUCUCAUUGGAGUGUCUUUCUUUGCUCUUCCUGCAGGCAUUUUGGGCUCAGGGCUGGCACUGAAGGUCCAGGAGCAACAUCGUCAAAAGCAUUUUGAGAAAAGAAGAAAGCCAGCAGCUGAACUCAUCCAGGCUGCCUGGAGGUACUACGCCACUAACCCCAACAGGAUUGAUCUAGUUGCUACCUGGAGGUUUUAUGAAUCAAUUGUGUCAUUUCCAUUUUUUAGGAAAGAGCAAUUGGAUGGCACUGCCAGUAAUGUCAUGUUUAGUAGGGAGUCAUUCUUUGGAUCAAGCCUCACAAGAAAACUUAGCCAAAAGCUGGGUCUCUUGGAUCGGGUUCGUGGUACCAAUACUAAAGGAAAGCUAUUUACCCCUCUGAAUGUAGAUGCCAUUGAAGAAAGUCCUUCAAAAGAGCCUAAGAAUGUUGUCUUGAAUAAUAAGGAACGUUUUCGCACUGCAUUCCGAAUGAAAGCGUACGCUUUUUGGCAAAGCUCAGAAGAUGCAGGAACAGGUGAACCCAUGGCAGAAGAGAGAGGCGACGGUAGCGACUUCCUUAUGGAAGAUAUGAUUCCCACAUUCAAGACAGCCAUCCGAGCUGUCAGAAUACUACAGUUUCGUCUGUAUAAAAAAAAAUUCAAGGAGACUUUGAGGCCUUAUGAUGUAAAGGAUGUGAUAGAGCAAUACUCAGCAGGGCAUCUUGAUAUGCUUUCCAGAAUAAAAUAUCUUCAGGCAAGAGUAGAUAUGAUUUUUACACCUGGACCUCCAUCUACUCCCAAGCAUAAGAAAUCUCAAAAGGGAGGAGCUUUUUCUUACCCUUCACAACAGUCUCCCAGAAAUGAUCCAUAUGUAGCCAAAGCAUCUACAGCAGAUACUGAAGACCAAAGUAUGAUGGGCAAAUUUGUUAAAGUUGAAAGACAGGUUAAUGACAUGGGGAAGAAACUGGAUUUUCUUGUUGAUAUGCAUAUGCAUCAUAUGGAGCAGCUGCAAAUACAGGUUGCUGAGAUAAGUCCAUUGAAAGAAACUGCUUCUCCUGCAAAGGAGAGGAGAGAAGAAAACAAAUAUUCUGAAUUAAAAACAAUAAUAUAUAAAUACACUGAGCAGAGUGCUCAUGAAACUCCGUACAACUUCCAACAGGUUCCAGUCAACAAAGUCAGUCCUUAUGGCUUCUCAGCACACGGUCAUAUGACUCAUUCACAACCUGUAUCAAUAGGUGGGCAAAACUCUGGCAAACUGCAAGCCACACCUUCCUCAACUUCAUAUGCAGAAAGGCCAACAGUUCUGCCUAUAUUUACAUUGAUGGACUCCCAGGUUAGCUACCACUCUCAAGGAGACCUACAAAGCCCUUACUCGGAUAAGGUGUCUCCAAGGCAGAGAAGGAGCUUAACAAGAGACAGUGAUACUCCAUUGUCCCUUCUCUCCGUCAACCAUGAGGAACUUGAGCGCUCCCCAAGUGGCUUCAGUAUCUCCCAAGACAAAGACGACUUCCCGUUUGGCCCCAACGGGGGAUCGGCAUGGAUGAGAGAGAAACGCUACCUAGCAGAGGGGGAAACGGACACAGACACCGACCCUUUCACACCAAGUGGCUCCAUGCCUUUGUCUUCUACAGGAGAUGGGAUUUCAGAUUCAAUAUGGACCCCUUCAAAUAAGCCAGUUUAAAAGUGCGUGUGGGGGCAGUCACUGGUUGACUUCUCCAUGUAAUGUAAGCAUACUUUGUAUAUCUCACUUACUCUACACCCAAAGCUUACUAGUUCAAAACACCAAUGGCUGCAUAAGAUGCAUGUGAUAUUAGUGGUAGUCAUUCUGCACCAUUUCAUACAAUUUACUAAUGCAGUUUUUUUCAUGCUACCAAAACUAAGGAGCUUAGUUUUGAGCAUGGUUUGCAUGACUUUACCCUAUAUAAAUGGUACAGCUGAUUUCUUCUAUGAUACAUAUCUAUCUGAUACUCUUCAAUACAACAAUGGUGAUUUGAUAACAGGCAAGAUAUGGUGGUCCUUGCUAUAGUUUGCAAACAGAGCAGCAAAGUGAAAAUAUUUUUAGGAGCAAUAUCUCUUUGUGGAAACAUGACAUCUGAAUCCAUUUCUGAUACAAGUAAAUCAAUCUCUAGUCAACCUAUCCAAGAACAUCUAAUAUUCAAAGCAGGGAUAAAGCUGAGUCAAAGUUAAUGACCUUAAUGAAAUGGUUUUGUGAACUGAAUGUUUCUCGUGAUCAUUUAUACAACUACCCAUGAAAUACAAUGUCAAAGUGAGAUUAAGGGUAGAAUUUAAAAUCAUUGAUGCCACCUCCUGGGAUUGAUCAUGGGUAUUUAUUGUAAAAUGUAAAUAUAAAUCUCUUAAACUACUUUGAAAAUCUUCAUUAGCAUUUAUAAAAUCCAUGAAUGUGUGCCAUCUUUGGGAUCAAUGUACAAAUAGAUAAAUAUCAUUUUGUCACCUAUCCCUGAGCAACACAGAGAUAAGUAUGCUCCCUAGGGCUUCAUCCAAAUAUUUUUUCAUGGGAACUAGAAAUUGUGUUGAAAGAGAGCAGGAAAACAAUAUAACCCACUGAUAACAGGGCAGAAAUGAAUCAAAGAUCUCACCACUACAAUGGGAAUGUAGUAUCUAUACAGCUAGUAAAACUAGCCUGUCCAAAUAACCUAUGCAGGACUUACCUGGUGUCAGUCCAGAUGUGCAUGAAAUAUUGUCCAUUUGAUGUCAAGUUUGAUGGCUACCAACUCUUUACAGCUAACAGAAAGCUAAUCAGUACGGUGGUGAGUACAGGGUACAAGAACCAAGGCACAAAUCAGCUGUAGGAUGAGAUUAAUCUCAUCUUUAACUCAAUUAUCUACAAUGACCAAAUUUCAAAGGAGCAGAGGGGACUUGCAUAGAUGUCAACUGAUCAAAGACACCCACCGUCAGUCCUGUUGAGGAUGACCCAUGUUACUCAACACAAUGGCUACAACGCCAUGGCUAGAGCACUGACCAACAAAGAUACAAGGAUUUGGCCCAUGUAAAAUGUUAGAAAGCGGACUUGAGAUAGUGACUGCUUGUAUUAUACUGCAGCUGCACAACUGAGCAUCCUUGGUAUAUCCAAUCAGAGCACAAGAUCUUGUAUCUCCAAGAAAGAGAUACAGACUUCCCAGUAUUUACUGGAUAUUGUACAGGCCUGGAUAGAAUGCACUCCAAUGGAAGAUACCUUGUUGGGUUUUGCCCACUUUAGUAAACAUCUUUGAUUCCUCACUACUGUUGACAUCUUAUAAGUCAUUCCAUCCAAGGAAACUUGAUUGUCUUCCAGAAGUAGUCAUUGCCUUCAUCUUCAUCAUUUAUUCUCUGCUUGAAGAGGCAUCUAAAGGAUUAGGAUCUUGCUUCAUCUGCUUCUUCAGCUAAAUUAUGAUACAUCAUUCUGGGACACAUCUUCAGUGAGAACAAAUUGCUGUGCAUACUUGAAUAAGUAGUGCAGACCUGUUACAGCAUUUGAAGUCCAGGCUGUGUCUGUGGAGCUGUUCUGAGGCAGCAACUAUAAUGACAUGAGGCACAAUUUUGGUAAUUACUUAAUUGACAAAAUAGCCAUUGACCUGAAAGAUUGUCUGUGCUUGGUGCAGUUUCAUGGCUAAAAUUGCAGAGAAUAGAACUAGCUGACAAAAGUGCAAUUCAUCAUCAUUUGGCUUAUUGAGAAGAAUUCCUUGACCAUCAGUGAUUCUUGCAAAUACCUGCAUUGAGCCUGCUGCAGGCUCGCUGAUGCAGUAAUACAUGUCUAUGGCCACUUAUAUGAUUUAACCCUCACCUGACAAACGAAAAAAAAAACCCAAAACUGAUUUUAACAUUGCUGGAGUUCAGAAAUUCAUGUAAGUAUGUGCUAGACAAACCCGCUUCACUUUUCUCAUAUGCCAGGUGCCUGGCAUUCCUCCUGAUUCCAUUUGAGCUUGGCCCUUCUUAAAAUGCUUUCUAGAUCUGAGCAAUCAAAAGUCAAGUCAGACAAAGCCCACUGAGAAAUCUGUGAGUAUCUUUGACAGGGACUAUGCCAUGGAGCUCCCUAUCCAAUUCCCCCUCAAGUUCUUCAGUUCAGGUUUCUAAUCUCUCCAAUGCCAGGUCAUAUAAAAGGAAUCUUUUCUCAGUAUUCAACCUUGCUGAAAAUCCAUAAAUCACCUCAUUAUAAAGUCACGUUUAUUCCAAGAGAAAAUCCAAGCAAGGGCAGAGACUUGGGUGAGUUCCCACCUGCACGCUGUGUGUAGCCUCAG